ACUCAGAAAGAUAUACGAUCACAUCACACGCGCCGACGAAGAUCAGGAAAAGAGGCGAAUCGAAAAAUCAAUUCAAGACCGGCAAAGAUAAGAAGAAAUAAUCGAAAAAGAAACAUGUCGGAGGCAAUCAUUUUAGGGGUGAUACAGAAAUUGGAGAGUUUGGUGGUGGAGAUGCCCGAACAUAAGAAUAUCAUGGAAGAGGUAAUAGAUGAGUUGAAGAUGAUGAUGGAGUUCUUGAGAGACAAGGAACCGGGAGAAAGGAGCAAGCUAAAUAAUUUGCUAGCUGACUUUGCCGGGUUGGCAGCAAGCAUCGUAAGUAGCAUUUAUGAGUUCUUGUACUACGUUUAUGAUGGGGUGCCAGGAAAUGGGCCCCGAGAUCAGUUCAGGGAGAUAAAAAAGCGCAUGAUGGAGUUAGAAGUUGGUGAGGAGCCGAGCAAAGAACAAAGCGUUGGAGACAAAGGUAUUGUGGUGGGCUUGGAGAAAGACGUGCAACGACUUGUUAGUAGAGUGAUUCUUAGAGAAAACUCGGAACGUUUAACUUCGUGUAUCAAAGGCAUGAUUGGUUCAGGAAAGACAACUCUGGCUAGACAAGUAUACGACCAUCCGGCCAUCAUUGAAAAAUUCAAACAUCGUGCAUGGAUUAGCCUUUUCAAAGGCUCAAGUAUGAGGGAGGUGUAUGUGGGACUGCUACAGCAGUUGGUGGAAUCUGAUGGAGAUUCCUUGUUGUUGGAGGAAAUGGACAAUCAUAGUCUUAUACAUAUGCUUCACCAACAUAUAAAAGGAAUGAUACCAUAUUUCAUAGUUGUCGACAACCUGCCACAAGGAGUGAGGUUCUUCGAGACUUUCUUCUUCAGAACACUCCCACGAGGUCAUGGAUGUAGAUUGUUGUUCACCAGUCGCUAUCUGAUUAAUGAAGAAUUCUUUUAUACUCAUGAGAUGAAAUCUUUGGAUUCUGAUCAGAGCUGGCAAUUGUUUAUAAAUAAAAUUGAUAAAUUUACAAGUUCUGAGAACAAAUUCUCAAAGGAGUUGGAGAGGAAGGGCAGAGAGAUGUUGAAAAAAUGUUGGGGUUUGCCAAUAGCUAUAAUAGAUGUUGCACGGCAGAAAGCAAAACAAAGACUUUUAGGGAGGGAAUGGGAAGAGCUUUUUGAUUCAAUUGAUUUCGGAGAAAUAUUGAAGUUUUUGGAACCGAUGUAUCAGGAAUUGGAUGAAGAAAUGAAGCCAUAUUUCUUGCACAUGUCACUUUUUAAGGAAAAUGUAAUAAUGAGGCAAGAAAAGUUGGAACAGAUUUGGGCAGCAAGUGGAUUAAACACACAGAGUUUUGCAUAUGGUUUAUAUAGACAAUCCAUUAUUGAAGUCGUGCACCCAUACCCACCAAAAUAUGAGGUGAAAAGGUGCCGAAUUCAUCCUCUGCUACACAUGUUAUCCAUCAUGAAGGCAGAGGAGGAAAUGGGCCUUGAGAUCCUAAGCUUUAAUGGGAAUAAUCGACCCUCACAGAAUCCUUGUCAUCGAGUUCUCCAAUGUGGCAGAGAAAAGCUUAACCACUCUCAUAAUCAAGACAAACAUCUUGUUUCUCUCAUCUUACAUGGAGGUGGUCGCUACUUGAAUGAUGUUAGCCCAUCUUAUUGGGAGAGUUUUGAACAACUCAAAAUACUCGACAUGGACGAUUUUGGUGUGAAAAUUUUAUCAGAUUUUAUCGGCACAUUGAUUGGGUUAAGGUAUAUGGGAUUGAGAAACAACUACAUACAAAAGAUCCCACCAUCGUUGGGCGGCUUGAAAAAGCUUGAGGUUCUCGAUAUAGCUCUGAACUUUAUGGUGGAGGUACCGGAUAUUAUCAAGGAAAUGAGUAGCCUUCAUCAUCUCUACAUGUCUGAUGUGAUUUGCCCGAAGCCUUUGGAAAUAGACGCACUAGAGAAUCUUGAAACUCUGACCUACAUCUCUAUUCAUGAUUGGAAAUAUGAGGUCUCGGGUUUGAAGAAGAUGACUCAAUUCAUUAAAUUGGGUAUUAAAGAAGUUGAUGAAAACUCGGAUGUAAGCAGGCUCUUUGCGUCACUAACUCAGUUUAACGGGCUUCGUCACCUUAUCUUGAGAGGGUUUCGUCUCAGAAGCAUGCCGUGUUUGGAGGGGAUUGGUGUUCUGUGUUGGCUCAGUGAACUCAAACUGGACGGGCUCUUAUCUAGGCUACCAAGUGCCGAUAAUUUACGCCAUAUUAAAUACUUGACUUUGGUGAAUACUUGUCUUGAUGAAGACCCUAUGCCAAUACUGGAGAAGUUGUCCUGCCUAUGCCGCCUCAAACUGCAGAAUGCAUAUAUUGGUCGAGAGAUGAUCAUUCAGCCCAACGGGUUUCCAGAGCUUCAAGUCCUUCGCAUCAAUGAGUUGUGGAAUCUUAGUAAAAUUCAAGUCGGAGAAGGUGCAAUGUCAGGUCUUGGACAACUAGAAAUCAUGAACUGUCCACAUGUGGAGAACCUCCCCGAAGAGUGUGAGUCAAUGAAGUAUUUGAAGAAGUUUAAAAUGGUGACAACCAAAGACAUUGCAAGAAAGAUCAGGAAUUUAGACAUAAUCUCCAAAAUAGUGGAAGUAGAUAUUAGUCCAUAAUUUGAAGUUACAAUUUCAUUUUUUGGUGUAAUAUUCCUACCAUUUGGCGUUCCGCAGCCAAUUUAUAAUCAUCCGAAACAGACAAAAAAACUGUC